AUGGAGAACCUUAUUGCAUUACAAGAUGAAUUAUACAGCCGAAUGAAUAAGUCUCAAAUUAAUUUUAGAAAAUGUUCAAAGGACAGAAAGACAAGUACAUAUGUUAAAAAUAGAAUAGAAAAUUUAGAUAAAAUAUGGUUUGAAUUUGUAGAAAACCACAAACAGUUGUUUAAAACGAUAGAUCGUGCAAUAUUAAAGGAAACAACGUAUAUUAAACGAGACUUGUACGAUAUGGUAGAAGAGUUUUAUUGCGAUUAUAGGGCAGAGUUGAGACCAAGUUUUCUUAUGGAUAAGCAAAUUAGAUAUCACAGAUCAAGGGAUAUGGACACUAAUAUAGAAAAGCGUAUAAAGGUACAUAUUAGUGCUGUACCACAAGAUUUUCCGUGGCACAAAUUUUCUUCAUUGAGAAGAUUGAUAAGAAUUAUUGCAUAUUGUCGAAGAUUUUUAAAAAUAAAAGAAAAGAAGCAGAAAUAUUUACAAAAGAUAGAAUUAGAUGAAGCACUAACGUGUUGCAUAAAGCAUUUUCAAAUGGAAGACUUCUCAGAAGAAUAUUUACAGUUGAAAGAAAAGGGUUACAUAAUGAGAAAAGAUAGUAAAAUCAGAACCCUGUGUCCAUAUAUAGAUAAUAUCGGUAUAAUAAGAGCAGGUGGCAGAUUACAUGAAUCAUCACUAACGGAACAAAUCAAACAUCCUAUACUGCUGUCUCAGUCUUGUUACCUAAGUAAAUUACUUGUGUCUAAUGCUCAUGAAAUAACCUUGCAUGGUGGCCCACAAUCAAUGGUAAAUUACCUAAGAUCAAAAUAUUGGAUUAUAGGCGUGAAAAACCUAGCUAAGCAACAUGUGCGAAAAUGCGUGAUAUGCAUCAAACAUGCUGCCAAAGUAAGACACCAAUUCAUGGGAUCUCUUCCAGCUGUCAGAUGUACUCCUACACGACCUUUUUUACACAGCGGCGUGGAUUAUGCUGGUCCAAUAAAUAUAAGAACAUCAAAGGGUCGUGGUUACCACGCUUAUAAAGGUUACAUUUGUGUAUUUGUCUGUAUGGUGACGCGCGCCAUACAUUUAGAAGCCGUCAGUGAUUUGAGCACACAAGGCUUUUUAGCAGCUUUCAGACGAUUCGUUUCGAGACGUGGCCAUUGUUCUCAAAUUUGGAGCGACAAUGGCACCAACUUUGUUGGAGCUGCUCGAGAAUUGAAUGACCUUAAGUCAAUUCAGCAAUCGGUUGCUCAACAGGUUGAAGCUGAGGGGACCCAAUGGCACUUUAUACCACCGCAUGCACCACAUUUCGGAGGUUUGUGGGAAGCUGCGGUCAAAUCUGCAAAGCACCACUUGAAAAGGGUGAUUGGAGAUUCAACCUUAACCUUUGAGGAGCUUAGCACGCUGCUCUAUCAGAUAGAGGCUUGUCUGAACUCCAGACCAAUGACGGUUAUUAAUGGUGAUGAUUUAUCUGAUCCUAUGCCUCUAACUCCUGGUCACUUCUUAAUAGGCGAACCACUAAUAAGUAUUCCAGACGAUAAUUAUGAACAUACAAAUAGAAGUUCACUAACUCGGUGGCAACUAGUCCAAAAAAUGACACAGAAUUUCUGGCGUCGGUGGUCACAAGAAUACUUGUCAAACUUGUUGCAUAGAUAUAAAUGGACUUACCAAGUUCCAGGACCUAAUAUCGGGGAUGUAGUGUUAGUUAAGGAAAACAAUUUACCACCAUGUCGUUGGUUACUUGGUCGGAUUAUUGAAAAACAUCCUGGUCCUGAUCAAAUAACCCGAGUAGUUACAUUACGAACCAAAUCAUCAAUAGUUAAAAGACCUACCUCUAAGAUUUGUGUAUUACCUGUUAGUACUUAA